AUGGCUGCCAACGGAACAGAGACUCCCGCUGGCGCUCAGAUGGAUGUUGUAGAACCAGUACAACAGCCGAGUGUGGUGGACCGUGUGGCCAACCUGCCUCUCAUCAGCUCCACCUGUGGCAUGGUGUCUGCCGCCUACACCUCCACCAAGGAAUACUACCCCCACGUUAAGUCUGUCUGUGACGUGGCUGAGAAGGGUGUGAAGACCCUCACAGCGGCCGCCGUCACUGGGGCCCAGCCCAUCCUCUCGAAGCUGGAGCCACAGCUUGCGUCCGCCAGUGAGUAUGCCCACAAGGGGCUGGACAAGCUGGAAGAGAACCUGCCCAUCCUUCAGAAGCCUCCUGAGAAGGUCCUAGAAGAUACCAAGGAUCUCAUCUCGUCCAAAAUGUCAGGUGCCCGAGACAUGGUGACCAACACAGUGUCCAGUGCCAAGGACACCGUGACCAACCGAGUGACAGAGGCAGUAGACGCGACCCGGGGCACUGUGCAGAGUGGCAUGGACAAGACCAAGUCCAUGGUGACCAGCAGUGUCCACUCGGUCAUGGAAUCCCGCAUGGGCCAGAUGGUCUUGAGCGGGGUGGACACGGUGCUGGGCAGAUCGGAGGAGUGGAUGGACAACCACCUGCCCAUGACAGAUGAGGAGUUGGCGGGGAUUGCCACACCGCUGGAGGACUCUGACACCACCUCAUUGCAGCAGCAGCGGCAGGAACAGAGCUACUUUGUGCGGCUGGGCUCACUCUCAUCACGGCUGCGCCAGCACGCCUACCAGCACUCGCUGGGCAAGCUGCAGAAUACCAAGCAGAGGGCCCAAGAUGCUUUGCUGCAGCUGUCACAGACCCUAAGCCUGAUGGAAACUAUCAAACACGGAGUAGACCAGAAGCUGGUGGAGGGUCAAGCAAAGCUGCAUCAGAUGUGGCUCAGCUGGAACCAGAAGCAGCUCAAGGGGACUGAGCAGGAUGUGGCCGAGCCAGAGCAGGUCGAGUCCCAGGCACUCACCAUGUUCCGGGAGACUGCCCAGCAACUGCAGACCACCUGCGUCUCCCUAGCGUCCAAUCUCCAGGGCCUUCCUGCCAACAUCAAGGAUAAGGCCCAGCAGGCCCGGCGCCAGGUGGAAGACCUCCAGGCAACCUUCUCGGGUGUCCACUCCUUCCAGGACCUGUCCAGCACCAUCCUGACCCAAAGCCGGGAGCGGGUCAGCAAAGCUCGUGAAGCCCUGGACGAAAUGGUGGAAUACGUGGCCCAGAACACUCCCAUCACGUGGCUGGUGGGACCCUUCAGCCCCGGGAUCACUGAGAAAGCUCCAGAAGAGAAGAAAUAG